GUCGGCGAGAGGCGCUUGUUGCCGCUGCUGGUUGCGAGCGGCGGGGCGAAGGAGUCAAAGUGAAGCAACAGGGACAAAGUUGCGGGACCUCGCGUUCUCAGCUCCGCGGUGUUGAGCCGUGAAAUGUAACGUCCGUCUCCCCGGGUUUUUCCCAAGCGGUGGCCCCGCCGUGUGCUCUCGGUGGCUGCGUGAAGCUUUGCGUGCCCCCCCCCCCCAAAAAAAGGCGUCUCGUUUUUUUUGGGCACACUGUGGAGACUGGAUGCGCUGGAGCACGGCUGUCUUCAGUCGGCUAGUUAGUUAGGAAGACGAAGAAGACGAAGAAGAAGAAGACGACGAAGAAGAAGACGAAGAAGAAUGCCUUAAAUCAACUGGAUGUAAAAAAAAAAAAAGGUUUUGAACUCUUCCAUUGACUCUGUCUACACACGGUGUGGACUUGUUGUGAGGCGAGCACGUCUCCUGGCUCCUUGGUGACAGCAGAGGUACUGAAAGAGGGCUGUCCCACUGCGUGUCAAGAGACCUGACUCACCUUUAUCAGCUGGAUUUCAACUAAUAUCUGCUGUUGGAUUAUAUCGGCAACCAUGGCAACACACGGAGGCGACGCAGAGGGAGGAACCAACGAGGAGUUCAACGACAUCAUCAGAUGGAGAUCUGAUGAGCAUGACGCAGUACAGAGAAAAACGUUUACCAAAUGGAUAAAUGCACAGUACUCCAAGACGGGGAAGACGCCCAUCAAAGACAUGUUCUCUGACCUGAGGGAUGGGCGGAAGCUGCUGGACCUGCUGGAGGGUCUCACUGGCACUGUCUUGACCAAAGAGCGAGGCUCCACCAGAGUGCACUCCCUCAACAACGUCAACAAAGUACUUCAAGUUCUGCAUCAAAAUAAUGUUGAUCUGGUCAAUAUAGGAGGGACAGAUAUCGUGGAUGGGAACCACAAGCUGACCUUAGGUCUAAUUUGGAGUAUUAUCCUUCACUGGCAGGUGAAAGACAUCAUGAAGGACAUCAUGUCCAACCUCCAGCAAACCAACAGUGAGAAGAUCUUACUGAGUUGGGUUCGCCAGUGCUCCCGCUCGUACCCAGAAGUCAAUGUGCUGAACUUCACCACCAGCUGGGCGGACGGCCUCGCUUUCAACAGCAUCCUUCACCACUUCAGGCCGAACGCGUUCAGCUGGGAUCAGGUGGUCGGACUGAGCCCUGUGGAAAGACUGGACCAUGCCUUCAGUGUCGCCAAAGAGCAGCUGGCCAUUGAGAGGCUGCUUGAUCCCGAAGACGUGGCGGUGCAGCUGCCAGAUAAGAAGUCUAUCAUCAUGUACGUGACAUCGCUGUUUGCGGUCCUGCCCAAAGAUGUGAGCAUGGAGGCGAUCAGGGAAGUGGAGACGCUGCCGCGCAAAUUCAAAGCAGAAGCCGUGGACUCGGGUCCAGGUCGCGGCGCUCAGGUAAAAUACACAAGUGUACAGAUGGAGGAAGCGGGCAGCAGCCCCCGGCCCGAGACGCCCAGCACCCUGACGGAGGCGGAGGGGGAGAUGGAGGGCAGCUUGCUGGAAGUGGACCUGGACAGCUACCAGACCACGCUGGAGGAGGUACUGACUUGGCUCCUGUCGGCCGAGGACGCGCUUCAGAUUCAGGACGAGGUGUCGGACGACGUGGAGGAAGUCAAAGACCAGUUUCACACACACGAGGCCUUCAUGAUGGAGCUGACAGCACAUCAGAGCAGCGUGGGUAAUGUGCUGCAAGCUGGCAACCAGCUGAUUGCCCAGGGAAACCUGACGGAGGAGGAAGAGGAUGAAAUCCGGGAGCAGAUGAGCCUCCUUAACUCCCGCUGGGAGAGCCUCAGAGUGGCCAGCAUGGACCGGCAGGCCAGGCUCCACGAAGUACUGAUGGAUCUUCAGCAGCAGCAGCUACAGCAGCUUUCUGAUUGGCUGACGCAGACUGAAGCGCGGAUCCGAAAGAUAGAGACGGAACCGGCAGCUAAAGACGUGGAGGUCUACAAAGAACUCAUAGAGCAGCACAAAGAGCUUCAGAACGACCUGGAGGCAGAGCAGGUGAAGGUCAACUCUCUGACACACAUGGUGGUUGUGGUGGACGAGAACAGCGGCGAGAGUGCCACUGCUGCCCUGGAGGAGCAACUACAAUCACUGGGUGAGCGCUGGGCAGCUGUGUGUCGGUGGACGGAGGAGAGGUGGCAGAAGCUGCAGGAAGUCUUCAUGGUGUGGCAACAGCUUCUGUCGGACCAGAGUUUGUUCAGAGAGUGGUUGGCAGAAAAAGAGGAGGCUCUGAGUGAAGUACAGACCAGCAACUUUAAGGACCCAAGUGAAAUGAAUACUAAUGUGCGCCGAUUAGCGAUUUUAAAGGAAGACAUGGAAAAGAAGCGGAGAACUCUGGACCAGCUGUCUGAUGCAGGACAGGAUGUGAUUUCAUUACUGCGGAGCCCCGAGGCGGGAGCCACGAUAGAGGCAGACACCGAGGAUCUGGCACAUCGAUGGGACAACCUGGUGCAGAGGCUGGAGGAUUGUUCUUUCCAGGUAAUGGAAGCUGUGACAGAUGCUGGGAUGACUCAGGUGGAAGAAGACGUCGUUGUGGAUGCAGUUGCUGUGGCUGCGGCUGCGGCUGCUUCGAUCUCUGACCAGGAGUUGGCUCCACCUGCUCCCCCUAAGAAACGACUGUUGGAGACAGAUGCAGAAGUUAGACGAAUGUUUGAAAAUAAGCUUUCUGACCUCCUGACCUGGAUUCAAACAUGCAAGGCGACCGCUCAGGCCCUGGCCUCCUCACACCCUGAGACUUCACCUGAAAACCCAGACCUGCAGGAGAAACUAAAGGGCUUGGAGAUGGACCUCACAGCAAAGGAAGCCACAGUUAGUCAUGUGAUCGAGGAGGGACGGGUCUUGAUGGACCAGUUGGAGAGAGAGGGCGAGUGUGUGGACACGGUGAGGGCUGACAUAGGUCUGAUCCAAACUGAGUGGGAUGUUUGUGCGAGGGAGCUGGGGGCAGCCCGUGAGCGAGUUCACACUCAGACUCGGGUCAGCGCAGUGUCUGCAGAGCUCAGAGACCUGGACCGGGUCUUGGAGGAGCAGGACCGGUGGCUGGACUCAAACUUGGCUGCUGAAAAGUGCGACGAGGCCGAGCUCAGAAACCUGAGUGGAGAAUGUCAGUCCCGUCUUGUCCAGGUCACGGCGCUGAGCCCGCGACUGGAGCGGCUUUCCGCAGAGGCAGGAUCACUGGGAGCCGUCCCCUCUCUUAACGACAACAUGGUGGUGGCGUCUGCACAUUACGCCUCCACACUGCAGCGGCUCCAGAGCAGAGGACAAGAAGUCAACGACGCCUUGGCCCCUCCUGAGGUCGACCAGAUGGCACCGUGUCCGGUGGAGGCUCUCGAGGCCCGGCUGGCCACUCUGAGAGAAGGAAUGACAGACGUCCCGGCCACCGAGGGGGCGGUGGAGCGGGCACAGGCCCUGUGUAUAGAGAUUGAGCAAACUCAGCAAGCCUCCGAUCCUGCAGAACUACAAAGAUGGAGUCGGCUUUCCCUCAAGGCCCGCGAGGAGCUGGGGACUCUGCAGUGCAUCCUGGGUAGCAUGAAGGACAAUCAGGUGUGCUUCGUGCAAGUCGAACGUUGGUUGGACGCGGUUCAGGAGCUGUUGUCUCUUGACGCCACCGGGUUGGGCGACACAGAGAGAAUACACGACGAGCUCAACCAGUGCAAGGAGCAUGUGAAUGAGAUGGAGUCAGUGGAAGGUUCGUUGAAGCAGAUGGGAGAGAAUGUGAGUGCCGUUCAGGCGACUACGGUCCCGGGACUGGCCAAGUGGGGGCAGGAGAAGCUGGACGAGUUCCGGGGCAGAUGGGACACACUCAGCAAACAGCUGCUGAGUCACCAGGAGCGUGUCGCAGAGAGGCAGGAGAAGCAGGUGAAUCUGAGGAAGGACUUGGCGGAGAUGCAGGAGUGGAUGACUCAGGUAGACGAGGAGUUUCUCAUGAGGGACUUUGAGUACAAGAGUCCCGAGGAGCUGGAGGCGUCGCUGGACGAGAUGAAGAGGGCCAAAGAGGAUGUGCUGCAGAAGGAAGUGAAGGUAAAGAUCCUGAAAGACAGCAUCAACGUGUUGGUGUCGCGAACAUCGCCCCCUGGUGGAAGUGGUGGUCAGGAGCUGACCUCGGAGCUGGAGGGGGUUCUAGCCAACUAUCACAAGCUCUGUGACCGCUUCAAGAGCAAGUGUCACACUCUGGAGGAGGUGUGGUCCUGUUGGAUGGAGUUGCUUCAGUACCUGGACAUGGAGCAGAGUUGGCUCAACACGUUGGAGGAGAAGGUUCAAGCUACUGACAACCUGUCGGAGAGUACUGAGGCUGUCAGUGAAGCUCUGGAGUCUUUGGAGAGCGUGCUUCGCCACCCGGGGGACAACCGCACGCAAAUCAAAGAGCUGGGUCAGACGCUGAUUGAUGGGGGCAUACUGGACGAACUCAUUAGUGAAAAACUAGAGUCCUUCAAUUCUCGUUAUGAGCAACUCAACCACCAGGCGGUGAACCGGCAGAUCAGCCUCGAGCAGCAGCUGCAGACGUUGAAGGAGAACGAACAGGCGCUGCAAGCACUACAAGAGUCCCUGAGCCAGCUCGACCACACGCUCACCUCCUACCUCACCGAUCGCGUCGACGCCUUCCAGCUCCCGCAGGAGGCACAGACCAUCGGGACAGAGAUCGCAGCCCACGAAGUGACAGUGGAGGAGAUGAGAAGGCGGAACGUGGCCAACUUGCCUGCCGCCGCCACUGACGGCAAGGCCGCUCGUGGUGGGACCAUGCUGGAUCAUCUUCAGAGGAAGCUGAGAGAGAUCUCCACAAAGUACCAGCUGUUCCAGAAGCCCGCUAACUUUGAACAGCGGAUGUUGGACUGCAAGAGGGUCCUGGAGGGGGCCAAGGCCGAGCUGCACAUUCUGGAUAUCAAGGAUGUGGAGCCAGAAAAGAUCCAGCCCCACCUCAGUGGUUGUAUGAAAUUAUACAAAUUGCUGAGUGAAGUGAAGCUAGAGGUGGAGACGGUGAUAAAAACAGGCCGCCAGAUUGUGCAGAAACAGCAGACUGAGAGCCCCAAGGCCAUGGACGAACAGCUUACUGCUCUCAAAAUGCUCUACAAUGACCUGGGGGCCCAGGUAACGGAGGGGAAGCAGGACCUGGAAAAGGCCUUGUCUCUGUCUCAAAAGUUCGCAAAGGAGAGCUCUGCCCUGCAGGAGUGGCUGAGCACGAAUGAGGCUCCGCUCCAGCAGAAGAACAGCUGUGGAGACAUGCCAGCCGACAUAGAUGCUGAGAUCGCAUGGGCUAAUGGCCUGCUGAAGGAGUCCGAGCGUCGGAAGGCGGAGCUGUCCAGCCUGAUGGAGACCAGCGCUGGGCUGCAGACUCUGGUGGAGGGCAGUGAGGCUGAGCUGGAGGACAAACUCUUUGGCCUCAAUGAAUCCUGGGGCCGCGUCCGCACCUGGACGGAGGAUUGGCUAAGCACCGUGCUGAGUCACCAGAACGAGGUGGAGAUUUUUGAUGAAAACGUGGCUCACAUCAGCACCUGGCUCUAUCAGACACAGAUCCACCUGGACGAGGCCGAGCGGCUCACCUUGUCCGAGAGGGAAAAGGUGGUAAAGCGCAUGCUGGAGGAGCUGGAGGACAUCGGUCUGCGUGUGGACAACGUGAGGGACCAGGCCAUCAUCCUGAUGACCAGCCGGGGCCCCGCCUGCAGAGACGUGGUGGAGCCCAAACUUGCCGAGCUCAACUGCAACUUUGAUAAAGUCUCCCAGCACAUCAAAACUGCCCAGAUGAUGACCAGCCUGGAGUCGGGCGGUAUUGAGAUGAACCAGCAGGUCUUUCACAACCAGGAGAUCCAAGUAGAGAGUCAGAGUCAGGCUCGUCCUGUUGAGGCUCUGGUCUCCAGUGAGGUGAAGGACCUUCAGGUGGAGCUCCGGGACACACUGAGGGCCCUACAGCAGCAGCAACAGGACCCGGAGAACAUCUUGGAUGAUGACAAGAUGGAUGAGGAGAAAGCCAGCGUGGAAGAGCUGCUGAGAAGAGGAGAAGAGUCGUUGCAGCGAACUUCGGACGAGGGCCAGAGGGAGGAGUUGAGACUUCUGCUGCUCCGGCUGCAGAGCCAAUACUCUGCUCACAGGGAGCUGACGGUGCUACGAAUGAGUCAGGUCCAAGUGUCUGUGGAGUCGUCAUCCUCUUACACCGUCACAGAGCUGACGAAAGAGUUUUCAGCCGAGGAGAUGUCUGCAGUGGAGCGCAGCAGUGCUCCUUCACUGAGUUGCUCCGACUACCUGUUGGACAUUAACAAAUUGCUCCUCACCAUGGCUGACAAUGAGCUGCUUCUUAACUCCUCUGAGCUCAGCGGGGGGCUCUACGAAGACUUCUCCAGCCAGGAGGACACACUGAAGAAUAUAAAAUCGAAUCUGGAUCUGCUGGUGGAGCAGGUUACGGGAAUCCACGAGCGUCAGCCCGAUGCCAUUCGGGAUGCUUCGCCUGCUGAGGUCACUCAAAUUGGAGACGCCCUCACACAGCUCAACGCUGAGUGGGACCGCCUCAACCGCAUGUACAACCACCGCAAAGGGAGUUUUGACCGUGCCAUAGAGGAGUGGGGGCAGUUCCACUGUGACAUGAACGACCUGAGUCUGUGGCUGACGUACACGGAGACACUGCUGUCUGAGAGCGUCAGCCCCGAUGGACAGCUGGACCUGGACUCUGCACGACAACACCAAGAGGAGUUGGAAGAAGGCCUUGCCAGUCACCAACCUGUCCUGGCUGUACUAAACCGCACUGGGGAGCAGAUAAUUGGGCAGCUGUCAUCUCUUGAAGGACCACUGCUUGAAGAGAAGCUCGACGGUCUUGGUCAGCGUUGGAGAGCUGUCAACCGCCGGGUCCUGGACAGACAGCGCCGGCUAGUCGGUGAGGACCCUGCCUUGUCUGAACUGGUGAGGAGACGCACGGAGCUGGCUGUGUGGUUGGAGCAGGCGGAACAUGCUGUCAGCUCCCUGCCUGCCACAGCCACUGACAAAAACCUCAAAGAACUCAAGGCGCUUGCUGAGGAAAUGGAUGCACAGAAUGAGCGUCUGGGUUGGCUGAACAAGCACGCUCCGCAGAUCCUGGCCAGUCCCAGUGUGAGCCCUCCGAGCAGAGACCAACAUGUUGGCAUACUGAGAGCCAUCAACCUCAGCUGGAGCAAAGUGACCCAUGAGUUGUUGGACAAUGUGGGGGUGGUGGAGGCCAACCUGCAGAGUCACGCACAGUUCCGGGACCGGAUGGACCGGCUCACCGACUGGGUCGUCGUCACACACCAGACAAUUGUGACCAGGGGGCUAAAUCCCGUGCAAGCACAGGCUCUGGAGGCCUCCAUGAGGGACAGGAAGAAGGACCUGGAGGAACUGUUGGCUCAUUCUAUUGAGCUGCAGAGACGACAGCAGCUGUCGCCUCACGAAAAGAGUAAGGUAGAGGAGCUGGCAGCGGAUUGGAAAGCCCUGGAUGGACGAAUAAGGGAAUCUCUUCAGCCUCCCAUCUCUCCAUGGACACAACACCAUGUCGUCCAGCACCAGCAGCUCGUGUCUUCGGUCCCCUCAGCCGUGCAGAUGGCCAGUCUGGUGAGCGAGGACCCCCACCACCAGACCCCACACACGGCAGACACCGUAGCGCCCACAGACCUCAACGAGACCGCCACCGAACUGGCAGACUGGCUCCUCCUCAUCACGCAGAUGCUCAAGUCUAACAUCGUCACCGUGGGCGACACGGAGGAGAUCAGGACCACUAUGGGACGUCUACAGGUGACAAAGAAUGACCUGGAGCAGCGUCAUCCCCAGCUAGAGGACAUUUUCACCCUGGCACAGAACAUCAAAAACAAGACCUCUAACCUGGACGUUCGCACAUCCAUUACUGAGAAAUUGGAGAAGGUACGCAGCCAGUGGGACAACACUCAACACGGCGUCGAGGCUCGGCUCCAGCAGCUGGAUAACAUGACUGUCCACAGUAACCAGUGGGAGGAGCAGAGGAAGGAGGUGAAGGCUCUUAUUGGUCUCAAUGAAGGACGUUUCCACAACCUUCUUCAGCAGUCCAGAGAUCCUCUGACUAAACAGCUCUCUGACAACAAGGCAUUUCUCCAAGACCUGGGUCGGGGCCAAGGUGCAGUUGCCGCCUUCAACGAGUUGUCCAAUCACCUCCUGCGCGAGUAUUCGACUGACGACACUAGGAGAAUCAAAGAGGUCACGGAUAAACGCAACGCCUCCUGGAACAGCAUCAACAACAGGGCAAGUGACCGUUACGCUCAGCUGGACAGCGAAUUGAAGGGUCUGCAGAUGUCUCUCAGGGAGCUGGAGUCCUUCCUCAAAUGGCUCCAGGAGGCCGAGACGACGGUGAAUGUCCUGGCCGACGCCUCCCAGAGGGAGGACCUGACGCAGGACUCCGCCCAUGGAAAGGAGCUGAAGCACCAACUGGAGGACAUCCAGGCCGAGAUCGAUGCCCACAAUGACAUCUACAAGAGUGUGGACGGGAACAAGUCGAAGAUGGUCAAGGCUCUGGGCAGCUCAGAGGAAGCUGUGUUCCUCCAACACAGACUGGAUGACAUGAAUCACCGCUGGAGCGACCUGAAGGCCAAAUCAGCCAACAUUCGAGCACAUCUGGAGGCGAGUGCAGAGCGCUGGUCUCGUCUGCUGGGCCUCCUGGAGGAGCUGUGGAGGUGGAUCUGUCUGAAGGAUGAGGAGCUGGCCAAGCAGAUGCCCAUCGGAGGAGACGUACCCACCUUACUGCAACAGCAGAACCACUGCACGCUGCUACGGUCAGAACUGAAGGAGCGUGAACACUUGGUGAACACCACUUUGGACCAGGCUCGGAUGUUUCUCGCCGACCAGCCGAUCGAGGGCCCUGGGGAGCCACGCAAGAACCCGCAGCCAAAGACCGACCUCACACCAGAGGAGAAGGCCCGGGGGUUGGCGCGGGCCAUCCGCAAGCAGACAGGCGAGGUGAGGGAGCGGUGGGAGCGUCUGAGAGGACACGUGGGCGGCUGGCACAGUCAGGUGGAGCGAGCCCUUGAGCGACUCCAGGAGCUGCAGAGUUCCAUGGACCAGCUCGACCUCCGGCUGACGCAGGCAGAGGAUGCCAAAGCCACCUGGCAGCCCGUGGGGGAUCUGCUGAUCGACUCGCUGCAGGACCACAUCGACAAGACCGUGGCCUUCAGAGAAGAGGUCGCCCCGUUACGUCAGGAUGUCAGACUCGUCAAUGAGCUUUCUGCAGAGCUGACGCCACUGGACAUCCAGCUGUCCUCCACCGCCUCCAGACAACUGGACCAGCUCAACAUGAGAUGGAAACUUCUGCAGGUGGCGGUUGAGGACCGGCUCAAGCUACUUCAGGAAGCCCACCGAGACUUUGGCCCCUCCUCUCAACAUUUCCUCUCCACUUCUGUACAGCUCCCCUGGCAGCGGGCAGUUUCUCAGAAUAAGGUUCCAUAUUACAUCAAUCACCAGACACAGACAACCUGCUGGGACCAUCCAAAGAUGACAGAGCUCUACCAGUCUCUGGCAGACCUGAACAAUGUGAGAUUCUCAGCAUACCGAACAGCCAUGAAGAUCCGCAGACUACAGAAAGCACUGUGUUUGGACCUGUUGGACCUCAGCGUGGCCCAGAACACCUUUGAGCAGCACAAACUCACCAACAAUAGCCAGCUGCUUUCUGUUCCCGACGUCAUCAACUGCCUGACGUCCAUCUACGACGGCCUGGAGCAGGAGCACAAAGACCUUGUCAACGUCCCGCUGUGUGUUGACAUGUGUCUCAACUGGCUGCUCAACGUUUACGACACAGGUCGCAGUGGGAAGAUCCGCGUCCUGUCCAUGAAGAUCGGCCUGCUCUCUCUCUCGAAGGGACACCUGGAGGAGAAGUACAAAUUCCUCUUCAGCCAGGUAGCAUCAGCAGGUGACACGUGUGACCAGAGGCAGCUCGGUCUCCUGCUCCAUGAAGCCAUCCAGAUUCCGAGGCAGCUGGGCGAGGUGGCCGCCUUUGGGGGCUCCAACAUCGAACCCAGUGUCCGCAGCUGCUUCCAGCACGUGACCAAUAAGGUGGAGCUGGAGCCCAGGCAGUUUGUUGAUUGGAUGCGUCUGGAGCCCCAGUCCAUGGUUUGGCUUCCGGUGCUGCACCGAGUGGCUGCUGCGGAGACGGCGAAACAUCAGGCCAAGUGCAAUAUCUGCAAGGAGUGUCCAAUCGUUGGCUUCAGGUAUCGCAGUCUGAAGCAUUUCAACUACGACGUUUGUCAGAGCUGCUUCUUUUCUGGGCGCACCGCCAAGGGCCACAAGCUCAACUACCCCAUGGUGGAGUACUGCACACCGACAACAUCGGGUGAGGACAUGCGUGAUUUCACCAAAGUGUUGAAGAACAAAUUCCGAUCGAAGAAGUACUUUGCCAAGCAUCCUCGGCUUGGUUAUCUGCCAGUCCAGACGGUUUUGGAGGGCGACAACAUGGAAACUCCCGUCACCCUCAUCAGCAUGUGUCCGGAGCAGUAUGAGCUGUCCCAGUCACCUCAGUUCUCUCAUGAUGACACCCAUUCCAGGAUAGAGCAGUAUGCAAGCAGGUUGGCCCAGAUGGAGCGAUCCAACGGCUCUCUGCCCACAGACAGCAGCUCAGCCACAGGAAGCAUGGACGACGAGCAUGCCCUGAUCCUGCAGUACUGUCAGACGCUGGGAGGGGAGAGCUCCCCCUGCAGUCAGCCCCAGAGUCCUGCCCAGAUCCUACAGGCUGUGGAGAGGGAGGAGCGAGGGGAGCUGGAGCGGAUCAUCGCCCGUCUAGAGGAGGAGCAGAGGACCCUGCAGAGGGAGUAUGAGCAGCUGAAGGAGCAGCAUGGCCAGCGAGGGGCCCCCUCCGGAGGCCCCUGGGAGUCGGAGGGCCCCUCCGACCAUCCCGACGAGGCCGAUCUUCUCGCCGAGGCCAAGCUCCUACGACAACACAAGGGCCGCCUGGAGGCCCGCAUGCACAUCCUGGAGGAACACAACAAACAGCUGGAGUCGCAGCUCCACCGCCUCCGACAGCUACUGCACCAGCCGGAGGUGGACUCGAGGGUAAACGGAGUGUCCUCUCCCGCUGUGCAAGACCGAGGGCCCCUCACUGACAACUCAGAUGAGUUGCUGGACUCCCACAACAGCAGCUCUGACCUGGCAGAUGUAAUGGAGCAGAUUAACAACUCCUUCCCUGCAUGCAGUCCCUCGAGUCUCUCCUCAAGACCACAGGUGAUGUGAGGACCACACGGGAUGGGCGUGUGUUUGUGUAUGCACGUGUGCUUGUGUGUGCGUGUGUGUGUGUGCGUGUGUGUAGUGAGUGUUGGAAGAGAGAGUCAUUCCCAAACAAACAACUCCCCCGACCCCGAAAUCCCAAAGACGCACAGGACCGGACAACUUAACUACUUUUACCACCUUUGUCUUGUACUAUGCAAAUUGUACAUUUUAUGAACUGUAGAUUGUACCUGAACUUGGUUCAAACAUUUGUCAGUGAUUUGUUUAGAUAUGCAGAUGAGUAUGAGGCAUCGGGCUUGGUACAGUAAAACAUGAUUUCUUUUGUUUUUCAGAGGGUGGUCUGGGGUUUCGUCUUGUGUUCUUGUUAAGUUCUGCUUUCACUGGGAAUCAAACUGUUACAUGGUUUAGUUUUUUUUGUCAUUCCACUGCUUUGAACCCUCCAGCCCCCAGUUGCUAUUAGCCACAGGUUUUAUUCCAUAUUUGGGAGCACAAGCGGUUCCCUACAGUUUCAGUCGCGUGUUUUGUUUUCAAGGUCUAUCUUGUAGCAUGCUUCAUAUCCAGUUCCCCUUUAAAGCGUGGAUAUGCCGACAGACUUUGUGUCGACUUGCGAUUUGUUAAUGUAAAGUUUACCCCUUCUGUGCCUAUACAGUUUUUCCGUUCCACGUUUGGAAAACGAGAUACGAGUUGAGGAAUUAAAGUGGGACCGUGUAUAAAGAGAGAAGUUUUUGAAAAUAUAGAUUUAAAUCGAAAGUUGUCCUGAAUCUGGGUCCGUUGAGAGGCCCCGCCAUCAUGUAGAAUAGUUUCUUUUCAAAAAGAUAUAUGUUCCGAAAUCAGAGGAAAGCCAUGAUUGCCUUGCUACCUCAGACUCAUAGACACAGUUUUGUUUUUGUGGUUCGUGAAACUUGUUUAAAACGGUCGUGAUCAUUUACAGUACAUGAACAACCUGGUUUAGCUUUAGCUCACUGUAUCUGUGUACACUGCAACGAGGAGAUACCAAGUAAAAAAAAAAAGAAGUUAUUACUGUAUCACAUUGAGUCUGUGGCCUGCUGAAGCUAGCCACCCGUUACGACGAGUAUUACUUUACCUGUUGUUGGUUUUUCCACUGGCCUUCUAGCACUGGUCCCUCACUGCGUCGUGUCGUCGUGCUAUAUGCUAUCCUGUAAAACUUGUGAGACUGAACAACACUGCUAUAACCUCCUCCGGCUGUAGGCUGAUGAUGAUGUCGGUGAUAGUUUUAAUAUUUACAAUCAUACUGAACCGUACCACGGCAGAACUGUGUCGCUUCUCCUGAGGUGUGUAAAAUAGAUUGACCACACUACAUGUAAUAUGGCUAUGUUGUUUUAUUCUAAAUAAAAUUUUUAUAACAAG